UAUACUUCUGUAUAUGAAUUGUCAUAUCUGAAUAUAGGAUUGUUCUAAUGUAAGCAGAUUUAUUAUUAAUGGAAUAAUUAUGACUAAUGGUGUGCUACUUUUAAACUCCCUAUUAAUUGAUAUUAAUUGGGGAACUGAUUGGCAAUAUUUGCUAUGUCCACGGGGGAUUCUACUGUUCGUCAAGUUACGGUUGGCAAUUAAAGUGUAACAUGUGCUGAAAGAGGGAAAUGAAACAGAUGUACUUCUUCAAUUCACAUGCUUCACACGCUACUUCCCUCCCAUAGCCUAUCCUGUUGUGAAAACCAGUCAGCUUGUUGCUUUUCUGUCCAAAUUUAGUCACAGUAUGGUAUUUUUGUGUGUGUGUGUGCACGCAUAUGGAGAUGAAGAACAGAAAGUGUAGAUAAUUUAACUUGUAAUGACUUGAUGACAUACAGGACAAGCCUCCUGGAGAUUCUCAACAACUCUGAAACAAACAACAACAACAACUCAAAAAAAAAACAAAAAAAAACUGUAAAAUUUCUAAGUGCCAGAGCAUAAAAUCUGAUUUCAAGAUUGUCAUUCAGGGAUCAAUACAGUACAAGGCAAAAUGAUUAUCAAAUGUUGGAUGCUGUUGUUGUGUCUGUGUUCCCAUUAUGAGAGCCAGCCGGCUGCAGAUAAACCAGUCUGGAUGACACGGCAGUUUCCUUGUGAUGUCAUACGCAAUGGCUCUGAGGUCAAAUUUGACUGUAAAGGCCGCCACCUAGACGAAGUACCAAACGGAAUAACAAAUAAUGCAACUGAUCUUGACCUAUCAGAAAACUUCAUUAAAAAUGUUACAGCUGAAUCAUUUUCUAAACUGCUGAAUCUGACUCAGCUCAAUCUCAACUGGGCAAACAAGACCAAGACUGAUUAUGGAUGCAGAAUAUUGAACAUUUCUGAAAAUACUUUCAAAAAUCUGACAAAACUGAAGCAACUGAGACUGACCGGCAACUGUCUGACUGAAAUUCCAGGCAAUCUUCCUCAAAGUUUGGAAAUGCUGGAGAUAAACAUUAACAAGAUUAGUUUGGAUAAACUGGAUAACAGAAGCUUUGCUGGCUUAACAAACAUGACACACCUGCUGUUAUCUAAAAACUGCUACUUCUGGAACCCUUGUGGGAAGUCUGUCACUAUUAAGGAAAAACCCUUUGAACUCCUGGACAAACUGCAGGUUCUGGACUUGUCUUCUAACAACUUAACCCACGUUCCAAAAGGAUUACCCCAAUCACUAAAAUCCUUACAGCUGGAUUCCAAUAAAGUGGAGUACAUAUCUAAAGAUGAUUUCCAGGGGUUGCCAAAUUUAAAAAUCCUUGAUAUACAAGGGAACUGUCCAAGAUGUCACAAUGCUCCAUACCCUUGUGUACCGUGUCCUAAUGGUUCUCUUAACAUACAUCCUGAUGCAUUUCAAAAUCUAACACAUCUUGAGACACUAAACCUGGGAGGAAACUCACUGGAACACCUGAAUCCCUCUUGGUUUGAAGGUCUAAAGAAUCUUAAACAAUUAUUUGUAGCAUUUAACUUCUUACAAAGAGCUGUAACUGGUAAGGACACAUCAGUUAAAGCUUUUACUUAUCUGCACAAGCUAGAAAAACUUGACCUGUCUUUCAAUUAUGCUCUCGGAUUGUAUCCAGAAGAAUUAACUCUUUCAAAAGACUUUUCAAAACUCAGAUCACUGAAAACUUUACAUUUGGAGGCUUUGGUAUUCCAGAAAAUUGGACAAGACACACUCACACCUCUGUACAAUCUGAAAAAUCUUUCUGCUUUGAAUUUAGGCACUAAUUUUAUUAUAUACAGCAACUCUACUUUAUUCAGCCAUUUCUCCCACUCAAAAAUGAUAUAUCUAGCAGAAAACAGGUUGUAUCCUACAACAAUAGAAAGUGCACCAACCCUAACAGAUGGAUUCAACCAGAAUGCAGACCUUUCUAUUUCACCAUUCAUAACCACCCCUCCAAAAGAUUUCAGUUAUGAGAUAUCUCACAGCCUUAUAAAGCAAGAGUGCUUUGACUCUGGACGAGUGCUUAUCCUCAGCUCAAAUAAUCUGUUCUUCAUUUCUCCAAAGCUUUUUGAGGGCUAUGGAAAUAUUUCAUGCCUCAACCUCUCAGGAAAUGGAUUUUCACAGGCACUUAAUGGCACAGAGUUCAAGAUGCUGCCCAAUCUGACAUAUCUGGACUUAUCAUUCAAUAAGAUCGAUCUGGCCUACAGCAAUGCCUUCAAAGAACUAACAAAAUUACAAGUACUAGACCUCAGUUACAAUUCACACUACUUUAAAGCAUUCGGAGUAACACUUAAUUUAAAUUUUACACAAAAUCUGCCUGUGCUAAGAGUGCUUAAUAUGAGUCAUAAUGCCAUUUCCACAUUGACAACAAAAGAAAUGUAUAGCAAAUCAUUAGCAGAGCUUAGGUUUACACAUAAUGAUCUAGGAAAACUUUGGAAAGACAGGGAUGGCUCAUAUAAGAAACUUUUCAUCAAUCUUUCUAAUUUGACAGUUUUAGAUAUAUCCUCCAAUGAUAUUACAAAGAUUCCAGAUGAUGUUUAUGAAUAUUUGCCACAUAACCUCACAAUACUGCACAUAAGUCAUAACUCACUUAAUGAUGUUAGUUGGGAUAAAUUGCCUUUCCAUCAACUUCAAAUUUUAGACCUGAGCUACAAUUCUUUGUCUACACUGACAGCUAUUAACUCAAACAUCACAAAGACUUUGAUUUUUCUUGACCUGAGUCAUAAUCACAUUUUCCAUGUGGACGAUGGUUUUUUAAAGAGUCUGAAAAGUCUCAGGACUCUCAGCCUUAGAAACAACAAAAUAACUAUUGCCAAUAAAACUACCUUUGAAUCAGCAACUGGAAGCCAGACUUUGUUCCUACAGAGAAAUCCAUUUGAGUGUAGUUGUGAUUCAAUAGAUUUCAUUUUAUGGAUUGAAGACAGUGAUGUAAAGAUCCCGAGACUGACCACUGAGGUGACAUGUAACACACCAACAAACCAGAAGGGCAAAACACUGAUAAAUUUUCAGAGGAAUCAGUGUGAAAACGAGAAGUCGGCAUUCCUGCUCUACACUCUCACAACUUCCUUCAUUAUUGUUUUUAUGUUUGUGGCAACAGUUGCUCACUUAUUUUACUGGGAUGUUUCCUAUGUCCUACACUAUAUGAAAGCUAAGCUGAAAGGGUACAGCUCCUUGAACUCAACAGGCAGUGUUUAUGAUGUCUUUGUGACAUAUGACACCAAAGACCCAUAUGUCUCUGAGUGGGUGAUGAGCAAUCUGCGGGUGCAACUGGAAGAAGAGGGAGAGAAGCAUCUUCCACUCUGUCUGGAAGAGAGGGACUGGCCCCCAGGGGUCCCACUAGUGGACAACCUCACCCAGAGCAUCCAAUACAGUCGCAAGACGCUGUUUGUCUUAACAAAGGGCUACGUGAAGACCGGUGCUUUCAAGUUGGCAAUGUAUCUAGCCCACCAAAGACUGCUGGAUGAAAAUGUGGAUGUGAUCGUAUUGCUUCUGCUGGAGCCUGUCCUGCAGCAUUCUCACUUCCUGCGCCUGAGGAGGAGACUGUGUGGAGAAAGUGUUGUAGAGUGGCCGAGAACAGCAGCCCCAGAGCCCUGGUUUUGGCAAAACCUGAGAAGUGUCAUAAGAGUAGAUAAUCAGGUCAUGUACAACAAGAAUUAUUCAAAAUACUUCACAACCAAGUGAAGAAGGAUAAUAAUCAUUGAUCAGCUUGGUAUUGAUUUAUAAUUUACUCUGUGGACAAUAACAUGAACUUGUUUUAAAACUAUUUUUUUAUAUAUUAAUGCUAGUUUGGUCCUUUUUAAUCUUCUCUUCUUUGCAAAACAGCUAAAGAACUGGUUUCCUAAUAUUCACUCAGACAGUAUUAUGAAGCUUUUGUCAUUUAUGUGCAGUACAUUAAACAAAACCAUUUUUAAAACUGUGCCAU